AUCAUAAUCUAGUCGUUAUCAUCUCUCUCGUAUAUGGAUACUCUCUAAUUUGUCUUUUACGUGUUUUACAGCGAUAAAAUGAUAGUUGAACUUUAAACUUAUUGCGCAAUUCAUCAUAAGACAUAAGGAAAUGAUUUAUUCGUUGAUAUUGCUGCAACUUCACUGUCUUUUAUUUAACGUUUAGUGGUGUAAAGGAACAAAAGAGUCCAUUUAUACCAUGAGUUACCAAGCACCUGCAGGCUCAUACCAACAAAAUCCCCCACCCUACGGACCGAACCCCCCACCGGCAGGGGCAUACCCUGGACCACCAGCAGGGGCAUACCCUGGACCACCAGCAGGGGGAUAUAAUGGAUAUAAUGGACCCCAAGCAGGGGGAUAUCCCCCAUACCAACAGCAACCAACAUACCAACAACAGCCCACUACAGUAUAUGUUUACGAAGGUAAAACUCAACAGCAGCGAGAUCAAGAAUCGGCAGAAGAUUGUUGCCUGGUAGCAGGUUGCUUUGCGCUGCUUUGUUGUUGCCUUAUGAACAACUAAUAUACACUUCUGAUACCUAAAGCCGUCUGAAUAUUACUGUGAUGAAGGAUCUGGAUAAAUUAUCUGGAUUUGUGGGCAACAUUUCCUGUGUAUGCACGGUGUUGGAAAAAGAUACUCAAAGUCUAUUUCCUUGGGCCCCUAUAGCCUUUUUUUUGGUCACGUGAUUGUUAAAAAAAGAUGUGUUUGUGUGACUGGUUUUAUAUGACGUGUGAUUGCAUUUAUAUUUCUCCUUCUGCAUCUAGUAUUGUUACUUCCACUUCAAGGAUAUCUCUGUCAUUAUUUUUGUUUUGUUUCUAGUUUCUUACGUCCAAACAAAAUUUUAUAAGAGUCGUUAUUUUUUCGUAUGUUUGUACGUUUCACCAUAUUUUUUGUUGUUUGAAUAAAAUGAUGGAAUUGAAAUUA